AUGGGAGUUAUUAGAGGAGCCCACAUUGCUGAGAGUAGACCUGUGGCUGGAGCGGCCCACAUUGCUGAGAGUAAACCUGUGGUUAGAGCGGCCCACAUUGCUGAGAGUAGACCUGUGGCUAGAGCGGCCCACAUUGCUGAGAGUAAACCUGUGGGGCCACUAAGGCAGGCAGGCCCCCAUGGCCUCUGCGACACUGGUUCAAGACAAGAGAGGCAGGCAGGCCCCCAUGGCCUCUGCGACACUGGUUCAAGACAAGAGAGGCAGGCAUGCCCCCAUGGCCUCUACGACACUGGUUCAAGACAAGAGAGGCAGGCAGGCCCCCAUGGCCUCUACGACACUGGUUCAAGACAAGAGAGGCAGGCAUGCCCCCAUGGCCUCUGCGACACUGGUUCAAGACAAGAGAGGCAGGCAGGCCCCCAUGGCCUCUACGACACUGGUUCAAGACAAGAGAGGCAGGCAGGCCCCCAUGGCCUCUGCGACACUGGUUCAAGACAAGAGAGGCAGGCAUGCCCCCAUGGCCUCUACGACACUGGUUCAAGACAAGAGAGGCAGGCAGGCCCCCAUGGCCUCUACGACACUGGUUCAAGACAAGAGAGGCAGGCAUGCCCCCAUGGCCUCUACGACACUGGUUCAAGACAAGAGAGGCAGGCAGGCCCCCAUGGCCUCUACGACACUGGUUCAAGACAAGAGAGGCAGGCAGGCCCCCAUGGCCUCUACGACACUGGUUCAAGACAAGAGAGGCAGGCAUGCCCCCAUGGCCUCUGCGACACUGGUUCAAGACAAGAGAGGCAGGCAGGCCCCCAUGGCCUCUGCGACACUGGUUCAAGACAAGAGAGGCAGGCAGGCCCCCAUGGCCUCUGCGACACUGGUUCAAGACAAGAGAGGCAGGCAGGCCCCCAUGGCCUCUACGACACUGGUUCAAUACAAGAGAGGCAGGCAGGCCCCCAUGGGCUCUGCGACACUGGUUCAAGACAAGAGAGGCAGGCAGGCCCCCAUGGCCUCUGCGACACUGGUUCAAGACAAGAGAGGCAGGCAGGCCCCCAUGGCCUCUACGGCACUGGUUCAAGACAAGAGAUUCUUACCUGUCGUGAGGCUCUGUCACUGUUCUGGUCAAGUACAAUUGGUAGUUUGGAGGCUCUGUCACUGUACUGGUCAAGUACAAUUGGUAGUUUGGAGGCUCUGUCACUGUACUGGUCAAGUACAAUUGGUAGUUUGGAGGCUCUGUCACUGUACUGGUCAAGUACAAUUGGUAGUUUGGAGGCUCUGUCACUGUUCUGGUCAAGUACAAUUGGUAGUUUGGAGGCUCUGUCACUGUUCUGGUCAAGUACAAUUGGUAGUUUGGAGGCUCUGUCACUGUACUGGUCAAGUACAAUUGGUAGUUUGGAGGCUCUGUCACUGUACUGGUCAAGUACAAUUGGUAGUUUGGAGGCUCUGUCACUGUACUGGUCAAGUACAAUUGGUAGUUUGGAGGCUCUGUCACUGUACUGGUCAAGUACAAUUGGUAGUUUGGAGGCUCUGUCACUGUACUGGUCAAGUACAAUUGGUAGUUUGGAGGCUCUGUCACUGUUCUGGUCAAGUACAAUUGGUAGUUUGGAGGCUCUGUCACUGUUCUGGUCAAGUACAAUUGGUAGUUUGGAGGCUCUGUCACUGUUCUGGUCAAGUACAAUUGCUAGUUUGGAGGCUCUGUCACUGUACUGGUCAAGUACAAUUGGUAGUUUGGAGGCUCUGUCACUGUACUGGUCAAGUACAAUUGGUAGUUUGGAGGCUCUGUCACUGUACUGGUCAAGUACAAUUGGUAGUUUGGAGGCUCUGUCACUGUACUGGUCAAGUACAAUUGGUAGUUUGGAGGCUCUGUCACUGUUCUGGUCAAGUACAAUUGGUAGUUUGGAGGCUCUGUCACUGUUCUGGUCAAGUACAAUUGGUAGUUUGGAGGCUCUGUCACUGUUCUGGUCAAGUACAAUUGCUAGUUUGGAGGCUCUGUCACUGUACUGGUCAAGUACAAUUGGUAGUUUGGAGGCUCUGUCACUGUACUGGUCAAGUACAAUUGGUAGUUUGGAGGCUCUGUCACUGUACUGGUCAAGUACAAUUGGUAGUUUGGAGGCUCUGUCACUGUUCUGGUCAAGUACAAUUGGUAGUUUGGAGGCUCUGUCACUGUUGAUGGUACACCAAUCAUAUUACUGGAAGCUGGUACAGACACAGCUGAAAUGGCACUAUGGCCGUCAGGUUGCCCGACAAAUGGACCUUUCAAGGUCACCCAAUCAGCCUUCUUCUAAUUCCUGA